GGCAGGAGGACUCCUCGGGGCGGUCCAUUGAAAGGAAAGAGGAAGAGCAACCGGGAAGAGAUCUCGCAGCGAAGUCCCGCCUCCACUUCCGGGAACAAACAGAACUGAGGCGCCAUAUUGACUCUUCCGCGGACGGGCUCGGAGCCAGGAGGACGGGCGAGCCCGGCGGAGGAAGGAAGGAGAAGGAAGGAGGCGCCGCCCGAGAGGAGAGGAGGCCCCGCGGAGCAGCCCCGGGAGGAGACGGCGGGAAGGCCCGGCAGGGAUGAGCCGAAGGGGACUCCGGGAAAGGAGGCCGCCUGGAGGGAGAAGCGGGGAGCAGGAAACGGGCGGAGACCCCGAGACGGGCCUGGAGGGCGGAGGGUCCUUCAGAAGAGGCGGAAGACCCGGGAAUCCCCAGAGAAUCCAGGAGGGAGGAAAGAAAUAUCAGUGCCCGGAAUGUGGAAGUUCCUUCAAAACAAAUGGAGAUCUUAAAAAGCAUCUAAUAAUCCACUCAGAAGAAAAACCAUUUAAAUGCCCGGAAUGUGGAAAAUCCUUCAAAAGAAAUGCAGAUCUUGUAAGCCAUCUAAGAAUCCAUACAGGAGAAAAACCUUAUACAUGCCUGGAGUGUGGAAAGAGCUUCCGUCAGAGGGGACACCUUUAUGUACAUCAAAGGAUCCACUCAGGAGAGAAACUGCAUAAAUGCCUGGAGUGUGGAAAGCGCUUCAAUUUGAGUGGAUACCUUUAUACACAUCAAAGGAUCCACUCAGGAGAGAAACCGUAUACAUGCCUGGAGUGUGGAAAGAGCUUCAGUGAGAAGAGCAAGCUUUAUAAACAUCAAAGGAUCCAUUCAGGAGAGAAACCGCAUACAUGCCUGGAGUGUGGAAAGAACUUCAGUCAGAAGGGAGGCCUUUAUAGCCAUCAAAGGAUCCACUCAGGAAUAAAAGCGUAUAAAUGCCUGGAAUGUGGAAAGAGCUUCCGUUGGAGCAGCAACCUUUACGUACAUCAAACGAUGCAUUCAGGAGAAAAACCACAUAAAUGUAUGGAGUGUGGAAAGAGCUUCAAUCGGAAGAGCAUCCUUUAUAAACAUCAAAAGAUCCACUCAGGAGAAAAACCUUAUCAAUGUGUGGAGUGUGGAAAGAGCUUCAGGGAGAGGAGCAGCCUUUAUAGACAUCAAAAGAUCCACUCAAGAGAGAAACCGCAUAAAUGCCUGGAGCGUGGAAAGAGCUUCAGUGAGAGUGGAAGCCGUUAUACACAUCAAAAGAUCCACCCAGGAGAAAAACCGCAUAAAUGCCUGGAGUGUGGAAAGAGCUUCAGUCAGAGGAGUAGCCUUUAUACACAUCAAAGGAUCCACACAGGAGAAAAACCACAUAAAUGCCUGGAGUGUGGAAAGUGUUUCAAUCUGAGGAGCAAUCUUUAUCCACAUCAAAGAAUCCACACAGGAGAAAAACCGCAUAAAUGUCUGGAGUGUGGAAAGAGCUUCAUUCAGAGGGGAAACCUUUAUAGACAUCAAAGAAUCCACACAGGAGAAAAGCCAUUUAAAUGCCCAGAAUGUGGAAAGUGCUUCAGUCAGAGGAGCCACCUUUAUACACAUCAAAGGAUCCACACGGGAGAGAAACCACAUAAAUGCCUGGAAUGUAGAAAGAGCUUCAGCCAGAGAGGACACCUUUAUAAACAUCAAAGGAUCCACACUGCAGAAAAAUCUUAUAAAUGCCUAGAGUGUGGAAAGAACUUCAGUCAGAGAGGAACUCUAUAUAGUCAUCAAAGGAUUCAUACUGGAGAGAAAACGGGCGGAGACCCCGAGACGGGCCUGGAGGGCGGAGGGUCCUUCGGGACAGGCAGAAGACUCAGGAAACGUGACACAAUCCAGGAGGGAGGAGAGAAAUAUCAGUGCCCAGAAUGUGGAAAAUCCUUCAAAAGAAAUGCAGAUCUUGUAAACCAUCUAAGAAUCCACACAGGAGAAAAACCUUAUAAAUGCCUGGAGUGUGGAAAGAGUUUCGGUCAAAGGAGCAGUCUUUCUAAUCAUCAAAGGGUUCAAAAUAGAGAAAAAGAGUAUAAAUGCCUGCAGUGUGGAAAGAGCUUCAGUCAAAGGGGACACCUUUAUACACAUCAAAGGAUCCACUCAGGAGAAAAGCCACAUAAAUGUCUGGAGUGUGGAAAGAGCUUCAAUGGGAGGGGAAACCUUUAUACACAUCAAAGGAUUCACACAGGAGAAAAACCUUAUAAAUGCCUGGAGUGUGGAAAGUGCUUCAGUCAGAGGAGCAGCCUUGAUGUGCAUCAAAGGAUCCACACUGGAGAGAAACCACAUAAGUGCCUGGAGUGUGGAAAGAGCUUCAGUCAGAGGAGCAGGCUUUAUGUGCAUCAAAGGAUCCACACUGGAGAGAAACCACAUAAGUGCCUGGAGUGUAGAAAGAGUUUCAGUUGGAGGGAAACCCUUUAUACACAUCAAAGGAUUCACACUGGAGAAAAACCAUACAAAUGCCUACAAUGUGGAAAGAGCUUUAUUCAGAGUGGACACCUACGUCAACAUCAAAGAAUCCACACUGGAGAGAAACCAUAUAAAUGUCUGGAGUGUGGAAAAUGCUUCAGUCAGAAGGGAAGCCUAUAUGCACAUCAAAGGAGCCACACAGGAGAAAAACCUUAUAAAUGCCUUGAGUGUGGAAAGAGCUUCAGUGAUAGGGGAAGCCUUUAUGCACAUCAAAGGAUCCACUCAGGAGAGAAACCGCAUAAAUGCCUGGAGUGUGGAAAGAGCUUCAGUGUGAGGGGAAGCCUUUAUAAACAUCAAAGGAUCCACACAGGAGAAAAACCUUAUAAAUGCCUGGAGUGUGGAAAGAGUUUCAGUCGGUGGAGCAGCCUUAACGUACAUCAAAGGAUCCACACUGGAGAAAAACCUUAUAAAUGCCUGGAAUGUAGAAAGAGCUUCAGUCGGACAAGAGGCCUUUAUAGACAUCAAAGGAUUCAUACUGGAGAGAAAAUGGGCGGAGACCCCGAGCAACCUUUAUACACAUCAAAGGAUCCACUUGACAGAAAUAGUAUAAAUUCCUGGAGUGUGUAAAGAGCUUCAGUUGGAGUGAAAAGCUUUAUAGACAUCAAAAGAAUCCACACAAGCGGAGAAACCGUAUAAAUGCCAAUUUAGCUUGGAACCAUUGCACUUACCUUUUUUUAAAAAAUAACGGCUGCUAGCCAGCUCAAGCAUCUUCAGCUAGCAAAAGCAAAAACCGGAGCUGGCUCAGCACUUGUUUGGCCAUGUGGCCAUGGACAAAAAAAAAAAAAAAA